UUGCUGUGGUUUUGAUUUCGUUGGAAUCAUAUCCGCCAAUCUGAAUGUCGUUGCGUACUCCUUAACAAUGGCGCUCCACAAACCCUGUGGCUGUGGCCCGCUCGUUUCGAGCCCAGCACUCACUCCUCCCUCCAAAACCCCAAUGUCCACCGUUAUUCAUAUUCUUCGUCCGCCACUAAAACCCAUAUUCAGAAACUCCGCCGUAAAGCCGCCGAGAGCCACGGCGGCGACGCCCCACAAGUAUGUUUAUCCUGACCCAAUUCCCCAGUUCGCAGAAUCUGAGACUCAGAAGUUCAGGGCAGAGCUUUCCAGGAGGUUACUUAAGGAGAAGGAGGCUUUUGGGCAUGACCUCCAUAGUGUGGUAGACGUCUGUGCAGAGAUAUUCAGUGAAUUCUUGCACAGGGGGUAUGGAGGACCCGGGACAUUGUUGGUAGAGCCUUUCACUGAUAUGUUGGUUGCUCUGAAAGAAAAGGAAUUACCUGGAGCACCUUUGGCUGCAAGAACAUCUCUGUUAUGGGCUCAAAGCUACCUCGAUCGAGACUGGGAAAUUUGGAACUCGAAAACACCGAAAUGAUGUAUUAUUUUUGUAAUCCACACAAAUUUAUAUUUUGGUUUUGUAUUUCUCCAGAUCAUUUAUAUUUAAAACACAAAAAAAUGGGGAAGAGACCCAUUGGCUACCAGGAAACUCACACUUCUAAUACAAUGUCAGAUUCAGUGCUUU